GUAUACGUCAUGGAUUGGUACAGACGACGAUUCAACUCAUCUUCUUUUCUUCUCUUUAAUUUCAAAAAGCGAAGUCGGUUAAUACUAUUGUCCUCCUGUACGAUCGUAUAUUCGCGUUAUGAUUUGUUUUGACAGAGUACCUGCAGAUUUGUAUAUGCCAAAACAUCUCUCUCUCUCUCUCUCUCUCCUUUAUAAGUAAGUAAGAACAAAAGAGAUCACAAAGUUGCAGGCUUUUUGUUUGGCUUUCCUUUGUUAGAGAUGAUGAUGAUGAGAGGUGGUGAGAGAGUGAAGGAGUUUCUACGACCUUUUGUUGAUUCAAGAGAGUGGGACUUUUGCGUUAUCUGGAAACUCGGCGAUGAUCCUUCUACCAGGUUUAUUGAAUGGGUGGGAUGCUGCUGCAGUGGUAGUUAUAUUGAUAAGAACAUUAAGCAUGAACAUGUGGAAGAAGAGACGCAAAACACGAGCUCUAUUUGCAGGGAUGAAGACAACAAGCAUCAUAUCAGAUCCUUAGCUUGUGAAGCUCUUUCUCGUUUUCCUCUCUUCAUGCCUCUCUAUCCCGGGAUUCAUGGAGAAGUAGUCAUGUCAAAAUCUCCCAAAUGGUUGGUUAAUUCAGGUCCUGGAUCUAAACAGGAUAUAUUUAGCACAAGGGUUCUUGUCCCUGUGCGUGAUGGUCUAGUUGAGCUUUUCUCCUUCAUAAUGAAACCGGUGGAUGAAAGCAUGGUUGACUUGAUAAUAUCACAUUGCAACACCUUCUUCGAACCAUACCCUGAGCAAACACUCCCAUUCAGGAUCAUUUCUAAAGCAGAGGAGUCUAUGUUAAUGCACAAGGAAGAGGAUGUCGUGAUGCAAAACGCCAUUGACGAUAAGAAGGUGGCAAAGGAAAACUUCAAAUCGAAGAAUCUUCAUUCAGAGAGGAAAAGAAGAGAGAGGAUUAACCAGAGAAUCUAUGCUUUAAGAGCCGUCGUCCCUAACGUUACAAAGAUGAACAAAAAUGGAACUCUUAGUGAUGCGGUUGAUUACAUCAAUCAACUGUUAGUAGAGAAGCAGAAACUUGAAGAUGAGCUGAGAGGAAUCAACGAGAUAGAAAGCAGAAGAAUCGCUGCAGAGGAAGAAUCUGCAAUAGCUAAUCCACAAGCUGAAAAAGUUGCAUCUAGACUCAACAAGAUAGUUAACAGCGAGGUGAAUCUUGAAGUCCAUGAGACUGGUGAGCGAGGUUUCUUGAUCCGGAUUGCGCAGGAGCAUAAACAGGAUGGAUUCAUAAGGUUGAUAGAAACUGUAGAUUCUUGUGGACUUGAGAUUAUUGACGUCAACUUCACCAGACUCGAUCUCAGAGUCAUGACCGUUCUCAAUGUCAAGGCAACCAAAGACGGAACUACACCUGAAAAUCUGAGAGAUUUGCUGAUCAAGAUGAUGAUGAGAACUUCAGAAAACCCAAAUGCAGAGUCCUUGAGACAAUAUACAUAAGCAAUCAAACAAAAAAGGUCAAAUGUUUUGUUUGCUUGAGCCACAAGUUACAGCUGAGAUCUGAUUCUCACAAGCUUCUUUGGUGUUAACUUACAUGUUUGAAACUAUAAACUCGAUCUUAGUGUUGGAUUUUGAGUUCUUUAAAUUAAGACA